ACGUACAGGCUGCUGUCAGUGCGAGUCGGGGGGAGGUAAACAAGAUGGCGACAACCUGAGUAGCAAGAGUAACAUGAAGAGACAGAAAAUGAAUCUGAUAUACUGAGAGACCCAAUUCAACCGAUUGAUUUACCCAGGACUGAUUCACAAAGAAGAAAAUAAAACAAGAUCGAUCCGGAACCAGGCACCGUGGUGGCAUGGAGGACACCUGAGGACGGUUGGACACAUUGGAUGGCUCAGUCGACCUCCAGGAGCCGGGCUGAUACUGCUGCAUGAGAUUGGCUGUAGCUCUGUGCUUGGAUCCAGUCCAACUGUACACACACACACACUUAUGUAUCCUGAGGAAUCUUAUGCUAUGAAGCAUGGACCUUUGACAGAAAUGCUGUGCUGUAUGGCCUUGAAGCAGGACUUGUUGCCUUUACCUUAGGCUAUAUGGUAUUAUAUUCAUUUAGAAGUGAUUUAGAGCUAAGCAGAAUUCACUAAUUUCUGAUCAACUAUACUUGUCACCUACGUAGUACAGAAUGCACAGUAUAAAGCACUAACUUGGCACUGGACCCAACAGGAUCUUCACACAUAUUCUCACCUCUUGAGAGAAAAGAGCCCUAAUGUUUACAAAUUGGGAUUGAUCCCCCACCUCCUCCCUCAGGACUCUUCUCUCUCCCAUAUUCAGUAUUUUGUAGUUGAUCUUUAUUCCAUUUUCUGGAAUUGAGACACUCUGCUCAGUGCAGAAAGGUUACCAGUGGAUUACUCUCCAGCAGCAAUCAAAGCUAUUUGCAAACGUUUUUGCACAGGAGGCUUAAGUAACUGUCAGUCAUGAGUCUUGGCGAGCUGCAUCAUCUUGACUAUCUUGAUCUAACUGAAAGUGAACUGAUGGAGAUGGAUACUUUCAUCCACCGCAUCGACUCUACAGAGGUGAUCUACCAGCCACGGAGGAAGAGGGCCAAGCUGAUAGGAAAGUACUUGAUGGGGGAUCUGCUAGGGGAGGGAUCUUAUGGUAAAGUGAAAGAGAUGCUGGACUCGGAGACACUUUGUCGCAGGGCUGUCAAAAUACUGAAGAAGAAGAAGCUGAGGAGGAUUCCCAAUGGAGAAGCCAAUGUGAAAAAGGAGAUUCAGCUGCUAAGAAGACUCCAACACAAGAAUGUGAUUCAGUUGGUGGACGUGCUCUACAAUGAAGAGAAGCAGAAAAUGUAUAUGGUGAUGGAGUAUUGCGUUUGUGGGAUGCAAGAAAUGCUGGACAGUGUCCCCGAAAAAAGGUUUCCAUUAUUUCAAUCUCACGGGUACUUUUGCCAACUCUUAGAUGGCCUUGAAUAUUUGCACAGCCAGGGAAUAGUUCACAAAGACAUUAAACCAGGGAAUCUGCUGCUGACCACAGACGGGGCACUAAAGAUCUCCGACCUGGGAGUAGCAGAGGCCCUUCACCCAUUUGCAGAGGAUGACACAUGUCGCACCAGUCAGGGCUCUCCGGCCUUCCAGCCCCCAGAGAUCGCCAACGGACUGGACACCUUUUCAGGGUUUAAAGUGGACAUUUGGUCUGCUGGAGUAACACUAUACAACAUUACAACAAGUCUGUAUCCAUUUGAGGGAGACAACAUCUAUAAGCUAUUUGAGAACAUUGGAAAAGGAGACUACACUGUUCCCGAGGAGUGUGGACCCCUCCUGUCGGACCUGCUGCAAGGAAUGCUCGAGUACGACCCUGCGAAGAGGUUUUCCAUACAGCACAUAAGGCAACAUAACUGGGUGCGUAAGAAACACCCUCCGACUGAGCCCCCCGUGCCCAUCCCUGCCAACGCAGAGAGCAGGGAUCCCUGGAGGAGUAUGACGGUGGUGCCCUACCUGGAGGAUCUGCACGGCUACACCGAGGAGGACGAUGACGAGCUCUAUGACCAAGAGGAUGAGAUCAUAUACACUCAGGACUUCACGGUGCCAGGUGAGGGACAAGUGGAGGAGGAAGAUGUGUACGAGGGGCAUGCAGACCACAGUCCAGCUCUGGCCAAGCCAGCGUGUGUGAACGGGACAGAGGGGGGGUCUCUGAACAGCAAGGCCAAAGCCGAACGCCGAUCCUCCUCUUCAUCAAACCCCUCUCGUAAAGGAGUCUCCACAGCCAGCAAGAUCCGCAAGCUCUCCACCUGCAAACAGCAAUGACCCCCUCCUCUUCCUCCCUCGGCAACAACCCUCCUGGUUGAUCUGUCCCCGUCCUUCUGUGUCCGGAGUCCUCACCGUUGUGACAGAAACCUGCUGACGUUAACGCCCUCCCCCCUCCUCGGACCCCCGGCCUGCAGAGUCUUCUGAAGAUGCGGUAUGAGCGACGGGGAGGAGGAGGACAGCAUGAAAUGUUCUUUUUGCUCUGAGACUGAGGCACUGGCUGUGAAGAUGAUGUUUUUUUUUCUCCCAUAUGUUGGCUCCUUAUAACUCUUGUCAUCCAGUUCUGUCACCCCCCCCC